UGCAGCUGGAACCUGGGCAAAAAGUGUAUGUCUUUGUGUGUGGGGGGGGAAUGCUAGCUACCAGCAUUCAUAAUAUAAUAGUUACCAUAGCAACAGUAACAAGGGGGUGGGGCUUAAAUGACAGAUCAAGACAGGCUACCGUGAUGUCACGUGCAAGUUAAAUGACAGAUCAAAGGCAGAUGUCACAUGAAAGGCCAUAAAAACCCUUAAAUAGGGGUGCAUCGGCACACAAUUGUGCAAUUCCCCUGCAAGUUAUUUAACAUGUCCGAAUCUAUGUUUUCAGAAGAAAGUGCUUAUAACCUUCUCCCAAAGGAGAGUAAUCCUCCACCCAAACAAAAAAGAUAUAUAUCUAAAUAUAGGGAGGCAGUUGUAUUAGAAAAUAAACAAAAUAAGCACAAACACAGGACCAUGGGGCCAGGAACACCUAAGGCCCCAUCUCAUCCUGAAAUGUGCCCACAGAGGCCGGAAGGCGAAAAACCUGAACACACAUGCAGGAAAAAAACAGAAAACACAGGCAUAAAGAAAGUCAUGCCACAACCUGCCUGUGUGGACACACGCAAAGGGGACAAGCAGCUCCUUGAGAAAUCAGGACUUGUGCCCUUUUAUUUAAAGAAAGAAGAUUACGGAAACGUACCAGAGUACCUGCAAAGAAGAAAUGCAGAGAAAGAAAGGGCUGACCAGGAGGCCUGGGUAAAAAAACAAAGAGAAGAAAAUACUAUUAACCCACUGCCAGAACACGAGAGACAAAAGAUUCUCCAGGACCUAAAGAGGGCAUUUAAGGAGUUAAACUUCGAGUAUCAAUCCCUCCCUUUAGUCAUCUCCCCAUUACAGUACACUAAAUUCAACUACAAAAAGUUUCUCGAAGAGUCACUGAGUCAGCUUGAAAAAGACAUUGCCCUGUUUGAGGCAGAUAAUGACAUCUACGUAGGCAGGGAAGCUACAUCCGAGCAAGAGCAGAAAAUCCAACAACCGUUUCAGCGGACUCUGCUACCACCCAUUGAACAGAAAAAGCCACAUCUGACACCCGCUCCUCCAGUAUCAAAAUCAACGAAAAAGCCAACUACCAGACCUUUUUGUAUGAUCCAACAACCGUUUCAGCGGACUCUGCUACCACCCAUUGAACAGAAAAAGCCACAUCUGACACCCGCUCCUCCAGUAUCACAAUCAACGAAAAAGCCAACUAUCAGACCUUUUCGUAUGAUUUGUGUCCCACCCAUAUCGAGAAGCGGAAAGCAACCUAUUCCCACCCAACCAGUUAUAAUCCCACGACCUAGUCCUGUCCUUCCACCGAUCAUUCAUAAGAAUGCUGAAUAUACACCCUGACCACCUGUAACACCUCCAAACAAAGCAAAUGUAACACCCACCCUUCCACACGUUUACAUGAAAAAGCUGUAGUGCUGUACCUUUAGAGUAGUUUUUUAACCACCUCACCCCCAACCGGUCUUGACAGAAGCCGCCCCAUCUGAGCCUGGUUCUGUCGAAGGUUUCUCCUUUUUUUAAGACAAAGGAGUUUUUCCUUCCCACCGUCGCCCAGUGCUUGCUCAGAGGGGAUCAAUUUGAUUGUUGGGGUUUUCUUAAACAUAAAUCGGCCUACUGAAAAAAUGUAGUGUUUCUUACUACAUUUUUUCCACAGGCCAAUUUAUGUUUAAGAAAAAAAAAUUACAGCAGAAAAGACAGCAUGGGAGACAUUUGAUGCAUUUUAAUGCUUUUUAAAAUCAUUUAUAAUUAAUGUGGAACAAAUAAAAGAAAGUAAAAAAAAUCUUUUGUGGAUUCUUUCGUUUUUUAAUAGGUGUUAAUAGGCAGUUCUUUAUAUGUAAAGUUUUGUGUUUUGUCAAAAAAAACAAAGCGGCACGGCGGCACUGUGGUAAAGGCCUGUGUUUUUACCAUCAGCAUGACAGCGCCGUGCUGCCUUUGCAGUUUUAAGGCCCAGCGGAACGAGCCUGCCAACGCUCUGUAGUGGCCGUGGCCGCUGGCGAUAAGGAAAGGCUGCUCUUCAUAGAGGACUCAUGCUCGGGGAAACGUUUUCUGGUCGACUCCAGCUCCCAGAAGAGCCUCGGGAACUCUCCUGUUGUCUUUGCAUACCUUCACCAUGGUAUAUUAUUUAAACUUAAAAAAAAAAUGGAGAAUUCCCGCAUACCACCAAAGAGAGCCCAAGUACCACUAGUGGUAUGCGUAUCACAGUUUGAGAACCCCUGGCCUAAGCAAAAUGUAUAUUUACAUCUGUAGUGCGAUUUCAAUCAAAUCACUUUUAUUGUCACAUCACAUGUGCAGGUAAACUGGUUCAGCACAUGCGAGUGAAAGUCUUGUGUGCAGCUCCCAAGCAACAGAGGUGUGCAAAAUACAAUAAUAUAAGAACAAGCAAAAUAUAAGA